GUCCGGUCGCACGAUGCAGAAAAAUUGCUUGAAAAACGUCCGGGGAAACGGAAAAUCAAAAUAAAAUAAAAGGGGCAUCUUUCAUCUUCGAAAUUUACACUUGGGAGCAAAAUUCCUAUACAGCAAAAAAUUUAAUAACAAUUCAUUCUAGAAUUAUUCGACCAAUAUUUUUUUUUUUUUUUUGCUAAGUCCAGUUAAUUACUAAAUACUUGUAAGUCCAAUAUCUAAAACACGUAGUUCAAAUAUAAACAAGUAAUUGCCUCCUCGUAAAACUUUCUUUGUAGAACGGCAGAGUCGAGUCGGUUCCAUCGCUGUCCUUGACGUUCGAUCGUCGUUUUCCCAUUGAAUCGGAAAAAUUUAUUUGAAAUUUCUACCCAUUGUCCACGACGGCAAGGGAAAUUCGAUUCACGCGACUCGUUGCGCGAUUUCUCGACGUUCAGUUUCGAGCUGAAUAGAUUCCCCGGGCAGAAGUUGCUCGUCAUGAAUGCCACCGAUCGUGCAUGCAUACAGAGGCUUUACACGUCGAUACAUUGUGGCACAUAUGGGAUCAACGUGGGGCGUGAUCGAUCAGUGACGUGUUACUGAAACAGCCGGCUAACGUUGCUCCUUUCCGCAGUGUCUCAUGAAUGUCGCGCGUUAUGCGAAUCGAUUUUCGAUUGUGCCAAUUUUUCCCGUCCUCCUCGCGAGUGACGAGGCACGAGACGUCAUUUUCAAUUAAAACGAUCGCUCGAAAUAACAUAUUAAAUUUUUACGUUCGGACGAUGCUUGGAACUUUUAAUACGAGGAAGUGUUUUAUCUUUUGUGGUUUUAUUUUUAGCUAGAAGGAUGUUCUCUAGAAUAUUUAAAAAGGCUUGGAAAAUUAUGUACACAGGCCAAAAGUUGUUAACCUGAAAAGAACCUCUGGGAAGCAAGUUCCUCGUCGUUUAUCAACGUCCACGUUGUAAAACGGACUUCCAAUCGUGCAACCUUACAAGCAACAAUAGAGAUAGGGGUCAUUCGACCGGAGAGCCGACGAACAUUUUCCAGACAGCAGCCCCCGCGUCUAUCGACCAAAACGCAACCGUUUAUGUACCGUUCGACCUGCUGAAACGUAGUGCGUAACGCGAACAAAAAAAAAAAAAAAAAAACAGACUCGAGGUCGCGCCAUGCCGAUUACCCAAAUUUCCGUAACGCGAUACCAGAAUUAAUUUUCACGCUUGAAAGAAAAUCUAUCGAGUGCGUCGCGAAAAUCCGAGAGCUUCCGCGACGAUUCUCUGGAAAGGGGGAGGCCGUGGGCGAUCGAGAAUAGGAUCGUUCGAUAAAUCAAGGGUGUCUCUGGAUGUUAUCGGACCGUGUGCCAGUGUCGUGUGUCUGAAAAGCCCCGAAAUCGGUCGGUGAACGGAAGAGGACGCGAGAUAAGGUGCGCGAGGGAGCGGAAGGAACCAUGAGCAACUCAGGAGCCAUUCCCCUGAUCUUGGUGAAGAAGGAGCAGCUCGUCGAAGGCGAUGGCGGCGGCGCCGGCGGAGACGGCGAGAUGGGUGGAGGCAAUUCCGAGAAGAAGACGGGAUACGAGACUAAUCUCUUCCUUUACAACGAAGAGAUGGAGGACCGACCUCGGAUCUCGACGCUGCUCAACAGUCUGUCGAAUUAUAGCAACACGAUCCCGGCUGCGACCGAUCCGGACAGCAGGGCACCUCCGGUGCAAGGUGGCGCACGAAUGGGAACGCUGAUUGGUGUCUUUCUACCUUGCAUCCAGAAUAUCUUCGGCGUGAUCCUCUUCAUCCGUCUCACGUGGGUCGUGGGCACGGCUGGCGCCAUACAGGGCUUCUUCAUCGUGCUCUGUUGCUGUUGCGUGACAAUGCUGACCGCUAUCAGUAUGAGCGCCAUCGCAACCAACGGCGUGGUACCCGCCGGUGGGUCCUACUUCAUGAUAUCCAGAAGCUUGGGUCCAGAGUUCGGUGGGGCCGUGGGGAUGCUCUUCUACACAGGCACCACUUUGGCCGCUGCCAUGUACAUCAUCGGUGCAGUUGAGAUCGUCCUGACUUACAUGGCGCCGUCGCUGAGCAUAUUUGGGGACUUCACCAAGGAUCCAAGUAUCAUGUACAACAACUUUCGAGUGUACGGUACGGGUCUACUGGUGGUGAUGGGCACCAUCGUCUUCAUUGGCGUCAAGUUCGUCAACAAGUUUGCCACGGUUGCCCUUGCCUGCGUUAUUCUCUCCAUCGUGGCUGUUUACGUGGGACUCUUCUACAACUUCUACGGCAACGAGUCCCUCAAAAUGUGCAUCCUGGGUAGGAGGUUGCUGAAGGACAUUGACGUGAUGGCGGACUGCAAUAAAAACACCAGUGGAGUCCUCCAUCAAAUCUACUGCAAGAGCAACAACAGCCUGCUCCCAAACAAUUGCGAUCCGUACUACAUGCAGAACAACUUGACCAUCAUCAAUGGAAUUCGUGGCCUGGCCAGUGGUGUAUUCUUAGAAAACAUAUGGGACAGCUUCCAAGAGGAAGGUCAGCUAAUUGCUUACGGAAGCGAUCCGAAGGACAUCGAUAUGAUGGCGACAUCCUCCUUCAAUCAGAUUCAGGUCGACCUCACCACCACCUUCACCAUCCUCAUCGGCAUAUUCUUCCCUUCUGUCACGGGUAUCAUGGCGGGCUCAAACAGAUCAGGUGACCUGGCAGACGCCCAGAAGUCGAUCCCAAUCGGUACCAUUUGCGCGAUCCUCACUACGUCAACGGUGUACCUCUCCUGCGUGUUGCUGUUCGCUGGCACGGUAGACAAUCUGUUGCUGCGAGAUAAAUUCGGUCAGAGCAUCGGUGGCAAGCUGGUAGUGGCCAACAUGGCCUGGCCGAACCAAUGGGUGAUCCUGAUCGGUUCGUUCCUCUCCACUCUUGGCGCUGGUCUCCAAUCGCUGACGGGUGCCCCUCGACUGCUCCAAGCCAUCGCCAAGGACGGCAUCAUUCCGUUCUUGACGCCGUUUGCCACCAGCUCCAAACGCGGCGAACCGACGAGAGCCCUCGUGCUAACAAUCAUCAUCUGCCAAUGCGGCAUCCUCCUCGGCAACGUCGACUACCUGGCUCCCUUGCUCUCCAUGUUUUUCCUGAUGUGCUACGGAUUCGUCAACCUGGCCUGCGCCUUGCAGACUCUCCUGCGAACGCCCAACUGGCGACCCAGAUUCAAGUACUACCACUGGAGUCUGUCUUUCCUCGGUCUGUCCCUUUGCAUCGCCAUUAUGUUCAUGACCAGCUGGUACUAUGCGCUGUUGGCCAUGGGUAUGGCUGGCUGCAUCUACAAGUACAUCGAGUACCGUGGCGCUGAGAAGGAAUGGGGCGACGGUAUCCGUGGUUUGGCUCUGUCGGCCGCUCGUUACUCCCUGCUGCGACUGGAAGAGGGGCCACCUCACACGAAGAACUGGAGGCCUCAAAUUCUCAUUCUGGCCAAAUUGACGGACGACCUGGUGCCCAAGUACCGCAAGCUCUUCGCGUUCGCCAGCCAGCUGAAGGCAGGCAAGGGUCUCACCGUCUCCGUCAGUUGCAUCGGUGGUGACUACAUCCAGAACUCUGGGGAAGCUCUGGCCGCCAAGCAGAGUCUGCGCAAGACGAUUACCGAGGAAAAGGUCAAGGGAUUCGUCGACGUUCUGGUGGCGAGAAACAUCGUCGAUGGUUUGAGCUCUUUGGUCCAGACCACUGGACUCGGUGGAAUGAAACCUAACACCGUGAUCCUUGGCUGGCCUUACGGCUGGAAACAAUCGCAGGAUGAGAGGACCUGGAGAGUCUUCUUGCAGACGGUCAGAGCCGUCGCAGCGGCUAGAAUGGCUUUGCUGGUGCCCAAAGGAAUCAACUUCUUCCCAGACUCGACGGAGAAGGUGGUCGGUUAUAUCGACGUCUGGUGGAUCGUGCACGACGGUGGUCUUCUGAUGCUGUUGCCGUUCCUGCUGAAGCAACAUCGCACGUGGAAGAACUGCAAGAUGAGGAUCUUCACCGUGGCUCAGAUGGAGGACAACUCCAUCCAGAUGAAGAAGGAUUUGAAGAAGUUCCUGUACGACCUUAGGAUCGAAGCUGAGGUGGAAAUCGUAGAAAUGAUGGAUUCCGAUAUAUCUGCCUACACGUACGAGCGAACCCUGGUGAUGGAACAGAGGAACCAGAUGCUGAGGGAGAUGCGGCUGAACAAGAAGGAGUCCCUUGGAGUGGUGCCGACAUUGGUGGACUUCAACGAGGUACCCGCCGAAGAAAAUUUACCUCUGGUGCAGACGAUCGUGGACCAUCACCACAACGUGGACGUGAAGAUCGCCACCAAGGUGAGAUUCCAGGAGCCGGGAAGCCAGAACGCGAACGCGGACGAGGCGCAGGAGAAGCUCGUGCAGGAUACAGAGUCGGGCAAGGAUUCGGACGGAGGCGACAACAACGAGGGCGUGGAGGAGACGAAGGACGGCGACGAGGAGACCAAGUUGAUCGCCGGCUCGCCCAAGCAGGACAACAAGGAGAACACCGAGAAGGAGGCGAAGGAGAGCGAAGAGAAGAAAACUGAGAGCCCUGAGACGAAGCAAAUCACGAUUACACCCGACGAGGGCGACGUGAGGCGUAUGCACACUUCCGUGAAGCUAAACGAAGUGAUCGUCGAAAAGAGCCAUGACGCUCAGUUAGUCAUCCUCAAUCUUCCUGGACCACCACGGGACACUAAAAUGGAACGUGAAUCAAACUAUAUGGAAUUCCUAGAGGUUCUCACCGAGGGUCUGGACAGGGUGCUGAUGGUGCGUGGCGGCGGACGGGAGGUGAUCACCAUCUACUCGUGAACUAGACCGGGAGGAAUGGAAGUAACCGCCUCGCAAAAGCAGAAAUCUAGUUUACUUCUUAAAGACCUAAACGACUUCACCCUAAGGAACACGUUGCUCUUGUGCCAUUGUCUGAGCAGUCACUUGCGUUUCGCGUUGUGAACAUACGGUUACCGAAGAAGAGUACGUACGAAUCCCGAUUGACGAUGCCGUAUUGGCGGACUCCGGAUCGACUGGAUCGAGGGGAGCUCGUAGGCUCGUUAUAAGCUAAUCCUCGAGAAGGCCAAAAGUGACAUGCCAAAGGAUAUAAGUUUCCUUUAACUGAAUUUCACAAUGUAAACUAGGAUACGUAGGAUCUAUCUUAUUUACACUCGUCCCUUUCGAUGAGAUAGACAAUGUGGUUUUAUCCGUAUCGCGAAAACUCUGCGCGGCAAUACAAGAGAGAAAAAAAAAAGAAAAAACCAGACAGGUAGUACACAGAGCGUAUCUCGAUCUUAAAUAUUGUAAUCAGGUUGACUCCGACGAACCGCGCGAGCAGAUGUUUGUUGCUCGUCGAGUGGCAGAGUUUUGAUGACGAUGAGAGAGAAUCGACGAGGAAGAACCGACACGUCCCGAGUAAACUCACUCCGAUUCUAAUUAACUCCCAUUGAAACUGAAAUCAAAAUUUUUUGGUCCGAGGCUAAGAUCGAAGCAUCUACGAAACCACUGCCAGAAUACUUUCUAAAUGCUUCGCGUUUAACCAAAGACGCGAGAGGCUCAUUUUUCUACACGCAUUGUCGUUAUAGAGAGUAUAAUAGGUAUGUAUAAUUCUACUGCUUAUAGGUGAACUUAGGGUAGCAUAGGAUAGCGCGUUGAAGUACGCCGACGAACGCGCACGCGCGGCGGAAGUACGGACGAACGCUGCAGCGUGAACAGCUUUACGUGGACGUACGACUCCUGCACGAAUGCACCUGUGCUCGCAGAAGUCGCGAGAACGCGUCCCUCUAAUUCAUAGAAAUUUUACGCGCGGACUAAGACGUAAUGACGAGGUGGAAACCAAACUUACUAGAAAAUUCUGAAAGUUACAAUGCGCGACACCGCGCUGCUACGACUAUAGAGAUAGUUGAAAUUGUCUAUGUAUUAAGAAAAGUAUAUUACUGCCAAAGUCUUGAAAUCGUUUACUAGGAUUACUCGGACACCGACCGUAGUAGGUCUAAUGUAAAAGGGAGUUCGAACUCUCGGUGCGUUACAAAGGAUAUACAGUACCCAAGAAUUACUUGAAAAUAUCGGAGACUAACAGCAAUAGGACUACCGUACAAACUAAUCGAACUGUACUGGCCGAAGUAUAAACUAAAAGUAAAAUUCUUCAUACUAAUCUGCCUUGCUGCGAUGCUACGACGAGAAAGACUUACAGCGAUAGGGUUAUCGUACUAGCUCAAGCUCUUAACAUGCUAAAGAAUAUAUUGCCAAGAAAUUUGUAAAAAUUACUAAUAUAUCAAAGGUUAACCAAGGAAUUGGUGAAUAGUUCUCGAAGUUACUGAUACGUAUAUCGAUACACACGCCGAUGCAACCGAUACCACUGUCUCUGACAACAGUAGCACCGAGAAAAAACCAAUUGAAAUUCUCUAAAGCAUCGCAUAAACGUAUUGCUACGGUAUCCUAGAUAUUACCAAUUCGCAUCAUCAGUGAUCAACGGCAACAACAUUCGGUACUAACAUCUGUACGCACAGACCCUCGACCCUGAGACUCUCUUCACCGUUUUAUACUUCGAUAUAUAUACUCGUAUCUCAAGCACGUAAAUCUUGCGUUCCCAUAAAGGUUCAGGCAGCAGCGUUCUCCUAAAAUAAAGUAAACCCGACGCGUAUAUUCGGGCAUCUCCUUCAGGACUGAAGUUCGUUUUUCCAUUGUACGUUCUCGACCUUCUCGCGCGUCGAAGUCUUUGUCUAGAUUCGCGUCUAUAUACUGUCCAAGGCCUACUGGUCCGUUUCACCGCUCUGAAAGGAACACAUCUCCGCGUACACACAGAACACACACAUAAGCAAACAGUCUUCUGCGAGCACGGAUUCGCGUAGAUCAUACAGAGACGAACAAUGAAUGCCAAAAAAAAAAAAAAAAAAAAAAUAUGAAGUUUAGAAGAGAAUAAAGAGAUACGCGCGGCCAUUUUCCCUUAACUCUCAUCGAAGGAUAGCGUAGCGCAGCGAUCGGUCGCGUUUAAGUGUCGUGUGCCUGUCACGUUUCAUGCACGGUCCGAAACUAUUCGGUCGUGCUUCAUUUAGAUAGGCACUAUCCAAUACUUAUAUACAUAAACAUAUAUUUAUAAGUAACCGAAGACGAGUCAUGUAUAUGUAUAUAUAUGUGUGUGUAUAUAGUACAUGUAUAGCACAUAUGUGUAAGUAUAUAUGACGAAUAGUUUAUUGUACGGAAAGGUGAAGUCGAGGAUCGACGAACAGAAGAAAAAGCAAAGAAUCUUUUUAAAAAGAGGAAUCACGUAGCCGCGGGUGACCUAUUGUACCCGUCGAUACACUGUGUCUACUUAAUCGAUACCCGUGAACGGAUCACAGUUCCGGAAAGAGAGUUUAUCCGAGCGGAAACGAGUCGAGCACUCGGGGAACCUUCGUGGUCGUUUGACACCUGGCUAGGGAACAGCGCAACCGAUUGUAGGACUCUUCUAUUUGGGAAUCGCGGAUCAGUGUCGAGGAUAUUCCGAGAACGAGGUUCCGGGGGAUGUUAGAAGUACGCACAAAAAUAAACAGAAAAUGUCCGACUAACGUAGGUUAGGAAAUCGGUCUCGAUUUAAGCGCGAUAGGUUUAAAAUUACUCUAACGCAACAGAGACUGUCGCUAUAGUAACAUUAUAGUCAUGUAAUACUCUCUUGUUAUCCCAUUCGUACCCACGUUUCUACUUUCUCGUUGUCAUACAAUCAAACACCGAUGACAUAUUCUAACGGCGAGUAAAUUAAGGAAAGUAAUUAGUGGAAACGACAGACUCGAUUUGCAGACCUAUAUUACCCGAAUACUUUUCGUUUAUUUUCGUGAGUAUGAUACAUAGUCCUGUUGGUCCAAGUCUAUUCGCAUGAAUGUACAGUAGAACCUCGCUUAUCCGAACAAGUUCGGGGACAAGGCAGUUCCGGUAACCGAGUAGUUCAGAUAAUAGAGCAUAGUUUAGGUAAUAGAAGCUACGGAGGGGUUAGAUGGGACUGAACUCAGUACCCUUCAGCACCCCCAGCUUCUAUUACCCAACCAUAGCCAAGCAUAAAAGUCCAUAGUAGAUGGUUCUUGCAGAGUAUUGCUAGUACACCUCCAUUACCUCAACUAGUCCGUUUAUCAGAACUGCCUAGUCCCCGGACGUGUCUAGAUAACAGAGGUUCCACUGCACGAAGGUCUGAAGCUGAGGAUGUCGAGCAACAAAAUUGCGCAACGUUGCCAUUCUCCGCGAUGCUCCCAGCAAACGUCCAAGGAUCAAAUUUCCCGACGUUAUCGCGCGUAGGAAAUUCGAGCGAUUGCUUCAAAAUUGUCACGCGAACGUCAUUGUAUCUACCUCAGCGCCGUCACCUUACUCUCGAGGGUAGUACUCGAUCGUGCGAAGGGUUUCGCACCUUUGUACAGGCCCUGUCGAAUCGUAAGAGUGGCCUCGUGGCGACGAGAGGAUGUUAGAAUUCGACAAAAAAAAAAAGAAAAAAAGCAAUACAACACCAUCACUGUCUUCAGCGUUGGGUCGAGGGAUGAGAAAGAGCGACGGAGAAGGAAAAGCCAGCACGAGCUGAACGCGCGGGUUCACGAGACGCUCGUCACGUCUCUGUCUAUCGUCCACGAUGUUGCGACAUGUACUUUCUAAUUUUAAUACGUUACUCACUUGUCGAUUACCAUAUAUUUUAUGUGUAGUUGCCUAUCCGUUUAGGCAUCGGCACUGCAUAGUUUAUACGAGACAUGUUGACUAUGAGAAGAGUUUAUUCGCGAGUAAGGGGGGGGCCGGCCCCGGG